AUGGAACAAAUGGAAUUUUUCUUUGUUGCAAAUGACAUCACAGACGCAAAAAAGAAAAAAGCGAUCUUUUUAGCCUCAUGUGGGACGGAAACCUACACGAUAUUAAAAUCGGUUGCCACACCGAUUACCAUUUUAGAAGAAAAAUUUACAUUUGAGGCGGCAACUAAAUUAUUGACUAGUUAUUUUUGUCCGGCAGAGAAUAUAAUAAUACAAAGGUUUAAAUUUUAUCGGAGAAACCAAAAAGAGGACGAAUCAAUUUCCGAAUAUUUGGCAGCGCUAAGGAAAUUGAGCCAAGACUGCAAUUUCAAUGAUUUGGACGAAAUGUUACGAGACAGACUAGUCUGUGGCAUGUACGAUGAAAAUUUACAAAAGCGGCUUCUGGCGAAUGACCAGUUAACAUUAAAAAUAGCGCAGGAGGAAGCUAUAGCAUCAGAAACAGCACAAAAAAAUGCGACGGAACUUAAAACGUCAGCCAGCCUGCCAGGAUUGAAUAAAAUUUCAAGCAACAAGGUAAAACCAAAUCGUGCUCCAGUGGACCAUAUUCAGAAUUGUUAUCGUUGUCGAGGAAAUCAUCAUUCAGAUCAGUGCAAAUUUAAAGACGCGGAAUGUUAUUAUUGCAAAAAGCGUGGACAUAUUGAGAGAGCUUUCAUAAAAAAAGCAAAAACCAAAAAGCCAGCAACAAAUAAUGGGAGAAGACCAAACAGAGUAAAUCUUUUAGAUACAAACCAGGAAACUCAAACGACGGAGUAUUUAUGGUCAAUGUUCGCUAAAGGUAGUCCAUCGGUCAAGAGAGUGAUUACGAUAAGUAAGUCACCGGUACAAAUGGAAAUAGACUCGGGGGCAAGUUACUCAAUAGUAAGUGAAAAGUUAUUUAGAGAAAAAAUGCCGUAUAUUCCGCUAAAACCAAGUCAAAUACAAUUAAGAACUUGGGGAACAGAGAAAAAUCUUAAACUGAGUGGGGAAGCAGAAGUACCAGUCUCAGUUGGGAACGUCACAAAGAAACUAAAGUUGUUAGUAGCAGCGGGUGAUGGUCCGGCUCUAAUUGGUCGAAAUUGGUCGAAAUUGGUUUAA